UUGAUCUUCCGCUUGGACACCACGGCGCAGCCAUGGCUGAGCUGCCAAAGAUAGCUGGAGGUGAAGAAGUCUUGGAGGAUCUUCCGUCCGAGCAGCUGGUGAUCUUCAUUCGCCAUGCGGAAAGUCGUUGGAACCGCGCGCAGGCCGCGCUUUCGCCUUUGGGGAUGCUGUGGGAGAAUGACCAUGGCCUCUCAGAGGAGGGUCGGCUUCAAGCCGAACGGCUCCGUACUAAGCUACGGGAGGCGCAGGCGCAUGGAGUGGAAGAGAUGAAGGAAUCCGAAGCUGGAGAGGCUGCGUGGCUUUCCAAACUGCUCAGUCCCGAUGUGGUGUACAGUUCGCCUUUUACUCGAGCCUUGCAGACGGCCUGCAUCGCUCUGCAGGACAUCCUGCCCAAGUCUCAUUUGGUGGUCAUGCGUGAGGCGCGGGAACACAAGCGCCUCGGUGGUGCUGACUCCACGGGCGUGGCCGUUGGUGAGGAGAUUCGUGAACGCGUCCGUGAAGAGAUCUAUGGACUCUACGAGGAUGAUCCUGAAAAAUCGGCGCAAGUUCUCAAGGAACUGGAGCAAAUCACCAUGGAUACCUCCUCAGUCACCGAGGAAUGGUGGGGCAAUGUCUUGGGUGAAACCUUUGAGGAAAUCGACGAGAACUUGGAGGCCCUGAUGCAUCGGCUGCGCUGCAGUCGUGGAUCCUUGGCAGGUGGAGGGGCAGUUGCUGUACUGGUGGGGCAUUCCUACAUCAUCCGCACCAUUUUCGAUGCGUACCUCAUGAAAGGUGCCGCCACGCAGUACCGCUCCUUACGGUCCAAACUCAUUCCCUGCUGCGGCGUGGUUGCGGCCAGGAUUACCUGGGAUGAGCAUGGUCCGAAAAUCUUAGAAGCCAUGCCACUGCUGAACACCACACUGG